AAAAGACCAAACCUCUCCAUCGCCUCGCCGUGGCCCGCACACCACAUCACCCUCUCCUCUCCUGCUCGCCUCGCCCCAGCAUCACGCGAACUGCGCCGCGCUCCAAUCCCCCCGAUAACUUUCCCCAAUUCUCCUGUCAAUCCCCUCCAAUCUAGCGUCUCUUAUCCCCCCUCCGCUAUCCGUCUGUAUUUCUUUCGACAUUUUUUUUGGGAAUUUUUCGGUGCUUUUUUGAUUGUUUCUUUCAGGAGCGCGUGGUCUCGGAGGAUUCGCGGCGGCUGGGCUAGGGUUUUGGCCUCUCAGUGAAGGGUGGUGCGCCGUCCGUGCCGUGGGAUAUCUCGGAGCGAGGAUUGUCAGUUACCAUGUCAUCAUAUCCUGUGCUAAACAACCGACCGAUUGAUCAGUGGAGAGUUACUGAUCUGAAAGAUGAACUCCGUAAGAGGAGGCUCCCUGUUAAAGGUUUGAAAGAGGAACUUGUGAGGCGACUCUGCGACUCCAUUCAGAGUGAACAAGCAGCUAACGAAGCUGUUGAAGAUGUGGGAGUGAAUGUGGCAGAUGAUCAGCUGUCUGAUGCAAUUGUUACCCAGGAAACUACAGUUACUAUUACAGAAGUUCCUCAGGAAACUGUGGUUCACGUCACUCAGCAAAUUGAAGUUCCUCGCACCGAAGUUAGUCACGAAUUCACGAUUCCUGCCACUGGAGCCCUCCCCAGUGUUGAUGUUGAAGCUUCCUUAAGUGAGGCCGAAGCAGCCGAAGGAGAAGCACCAGAAUCAAUUGAUGUAGAAAAUUCGGCAUUUCAAGAAGUGCAACCUCAUACUGAAACUAAUGUUGAGCCUGUUCUCGAGAAGACCUCAGAGGUUCGCAAUAAUGAGACAAUCAUUGUCAAUGAUGCGACCAGUACUGAUGUGAAGUCAGACCUGACCCCUUCUGAAGUCAACUCUGAUGUCACCGAAGCAAGCAAAAUUCAACAAGAGGAUUCAGCACCAGCACGUGUGGAUGCCUUCACAUCAGAUACUGAUCCUAUGGAUAGUGAUGUUGCCCCAGCUGCACCAAUAAGUAAUGAUGGAGAGAAAAUGGUACCUAACAAUGAUUUGGGUGACAGUUUUUCAAUGUCUGACGAAGAGCGCAAAGAUUCUAAGCUUGUGAACGAGGACCGGGAGCCCAUUGUAUCAAAACCAAAUAAUCAGGUACCUGAGGUUACCCCAGAUUUAGGGUCUCAAAUUAAGUGUGAGUUGAUUUCUAGCGAUGAUAUAUCAACUAACAAAAAGAAUUAUAUAGAGGAUAACUUGAAUGCUAAUAAUUUUGAUUUAGAGUUAGAGGUUAAGCCGAUGAUGGUCGAACCAUCACCCGGCAUUACUUCCUUAGGUGGAGAUUUGCAACCACUGGAUGAUGAGAAAGAGUUGGUUAAGAACCAGUCAUCUUUGGAAGACAUAGAUUCCACAGCUAAUGUGGACUCAUACAAGAAAGAUAGUCCUGAAGGUGGUUCUCCAGAGAAAUUAAAUUUAGAUAGGAGUUCAGGUGACGAGUCAAUGGAGGAGGAUGUCAUGGAGAUUAAGCAAGUUGAGUCCAAUAUGAAAUCUGAUGAUCUCAGAGGAAAGACUGACCUUAGCUCCGAAGAUGUGAAAGAGGUGACCCUCCCUGGUUCUGUUGUUGAGGCUUCCUCUGUUGAUAUCAAGGAUGUUAUAGCUGAAGAAAAGCCAGCAGCUUUAGCAGAAAAGAGGAAACUUGAAGCUGAAGAAAUUGUUGCAAACAUUGAACCGAUCAAACGACAGCGCCGAUGGACUGCAGACAGUGGCAAAGUUCCAGAGAGACGAACAUUAAGUCAAACUUAUUCUGAUGCUCCUAAGGAUGUUUUUCAGCCUGCUUUAAAACGUUCUUUUGGGAGGUCUGAUUCAACGGCUAGUGAAGAUUCUCCGAAGGAGCGGAUUGUGCCACCGCCCCAGAAACCUGCAACAACUUCCUUGAGAAUUGACCGAUUUGUACGCCCGUUUACCCUGAAAGCUGUGCAAGAGCUUCUUGGUAAAACUGGAUCAGUACAAAACUUCUGGAUGGAUCAUAUCAAGACCCAUUGCUAUGUUACAUUCUCCUCGGUGGAUGAAGCUGUGGCUACUAGGAAUGCUGUCUACAACCUACAGUGGCCCCUGAACAAUGGCAAUCAUUUGGUUGCUGAAUUUGUUGAUCCUCAGGACGUGAGGCUCAAGCUUGAAUCCCCUCCCACGCCAGCAGCUCCUAUUAGCCCAGCUGCUGCAAAGGUGCCUCCUGUUCAACAAGCUCAGGCUAAUCAAAGUGUGCCACGCCAGGCUGCUACACCAAGGGAGCAUUUGCCACCACCGCUGCCUCUUGCUAAGCCCCCUACAUCUGACCCGGCAUCAGCAAGGGAGAGGCUUCCACCCACUCCAAAGAAGCCCGAACCUCCUGUCGUGACACUUGAUGAUCUCUUCAGGAAGACACAAUCCUCUCCAAGGAUUUACUAUCUGCCUUUAUCAGAAGAGGAGGUGGCAGCCAAGCUUGCCGAACCGGGCAAAGGAAAAAAAGAAUAGGGGUAUUGGCCUCCAUUUUUCAGGGCUAGUGUGGUAGUCUAUUGCGGAACAUGAUGUGCUGUGGUCGGCAGGUGGCAGGUGCUACUGCUGCAGUUAAUUUGAAAUAACAGGUGGUGGUGACUGCUGCUUGAUACUUGCCACAAAGAGUAGUUGUAGCGCUGUUAUGUGAAAAAGGACUAGUGUAGAAGCCGCAGCUUGUAUUUUCUACAGAAAUUAGUUUUGGUUUGAUGACUCCGUCUAGAGUGUAUGUCUGUUACUUGGAUUAUCUGAGAUACUUGUAUUAAUUUAUGCUGCCAGGUACUGUUGAGAUACUGGUUUUAUUUUAUUUAGUCGGGAGAAUGUUGGUGUUUCACAGUUUCA